GUAGCUGUCAGAUCCACGGUUGGUAUUUGAAUGUUUUAUUUUUUAUUUUUUAUUAAUGUUCCUGAAAUACAUAGUUCACAUUACACCCUCUCUGAGAGUAGAACAUGAAAGAAACAUGUUGUGUUAUUAUUAUUUGAGAGAUUUUGUCUUCCCUAGCAAACAUGUUAGAGGUAAACAGAAAUCUCAAAGAAUACCAACACAACAUAUUUCUUCAACUGCAUGUUCUACUGUCAGAUAGGUUGUAAUGGGGUUUAUGUAGGCUAUAUCUGUGAUGUUUGAGGGUUUUUAUUUGAUUUAAUCUAUCUAUCUAUCUAUCUAUCUAUCUAUCUAUCUAUCUAUCUAUCUAUCUAUCUGUUCUAUUUGUAUUAAUAUCCCCAAUAUAGCAUACAUAAUUCACAUACCAGACUAUUUGACAGUAUAAGAUGAAGGAGAUAUAUUGUGUAUUGUUGAUGUUAUUUGAGUGAUUUAUUUUUAAUCAACAAGCUAGAGAUCAUCAGAAAAAAAUUAAAAGAAAUGUGCACAAGAAUUAUAUUACUACAUAGAGAUACAGCAUGGAACUGCUAUUCCUUCAAAACUCAGAUAUAGUGUGAGGGUGUGGUGAUAACAUGACAAUUUACAGUUACUUCUUCUAAUAAAGAACGUUUUGGAAGGGAUCAGUUUACAGUAGUUCAUGUGUGUGUGCACGUAUAUUUGCACCUGGAGGUUGGAGGUUCCUGUAACUGGUGGGGGAUGGAACCCAGUGCUCUUCAGGGAAUUCGUAUAUCAAGGGAUGUUAUUUGCUUUCUUUUUAUCACAUUCAAGUGGCGUUUCUGUGCUCAGAAAUGCAGCUGAAUUUGAAAUCAGUAACAUUCUAUAGACACUUGCACAACAAAUGGCCAACCAAACUGGACAAAUGCAUGGGGUGCAUGGUCAGUACUGGGGGCAUGAAGGCCCUCUGCAGCGGCAGAUGUCAGAAAUAGCUCAGCUAUUCUGCUCAUUGAGACACCAGAUGAAAUUAGAUUGCCGAGGGAAGAAGAUAGCCCAUGUGGGUCAGAAUGCUGGAAGCUCGACUGUGUUUGAAACACCUGGCAUCCUCACCCAGCAUUUCUGUCCAUGCUUUUUCAGAUGGGGCAGGGGUGGGGUGCUGUGGGCAGCUGGCUACCAUCACAGGGUUUAUUUAGCACCCUGUAUUUCUGUCCUGCAACUGCCCAUGUUCCUCUUGCCCCAUUUAGGAUUCCAUCAACUGGAAUGUCAUGCCUGACUCAGCCAGCAGUUAGAAAAGCAUUCUGUAAACAAUCUACUACAAGAGUUUCUAGACAUUAGUGAAAAAAUUAACUGAAAUUGUAUUAACCCAUAAAACUAAACCUAAAUGUCCUUGUGCAGUCAAUAGAAUUUACCAAACAGGAUCAAGGGAAGGGGUCAAUAAUACACAUUUUAACUGAAAUAUGAUCUUUGGCAUUAUUGUGCAUGUACGCCAAAAGGUUUCUCUCUUUCUCUCCUUUAUCAUAAUCUGAUUAUAUUGUGAUUGGCCUGAUUUGCUUAAACUUCGUUUGGACAACCACUUCAAAUUAGAGCUUGUGAUCUCAAUGCAAAUAUACACGAAUGUCCAUGAGUUUGCUUGCUUUCUUUUGAUGUUUGCUCUCUACUCUGCAAAUAACAAAACUGUAGCCAAGGUCCAAACUGCAGUACUUCCAUGUUGAUGGGAUACACUAGUCACUACAGUAGUGAACCGCAGUAUUUUUUUUAAAAAGAAAUUUGCAUUGCACCAUGAAGUUGGACAAUGUGUUAAUGAUGUCGCCAUUCAGUGGAUGGGUUUUGCACCUUUUGUUUAUUAAUUUUUUUCCAGGGCAAGAGCAUCAGUCUGACACUUGAGUGAACCUCUGUCUUCCAAGCCAAAGUAAGUGUAAAGAGCUCCAGCAGUCUACUAAGGCUGUGUCUGUAUGGAUGGGAAUGGGAACACGGGCUGCCUGCAAUAACCAUGUACAAAUUACAUGGAAACAUCGCAUUAUCAUCAUACUGCUGCUUGUUCUCCUUUUAGCUUCACAUGCAUGGGCCCAGUGUAGGAUCCUGAGGUGUAACUCAGAAUUUGUGGCUGCAACAUUGGACCUGGGAGGCAGUGGUGGUGGUGGUGGGAAAGAUCCAGGCAAUGUGGGCUACUGCAGUGCCCUGCGCUCCUACGCUACCUGCACCCGGCGCACUGCCCGUGCCUGCCGUGGUGACUUGGCUUACCACUCUGCAGUGCAGGGCAUCGAGGACUUGCUCAUCCAGCACCGCUGUCCAAAGUCUGGGCCCACAGCUCAACCCCGCCCUCUACCCCAGGCCCCAGUAUCUGGGGAUGCCUGCUUUUACGAGAAAAGCUAUGUGCAGCGUGAAGGCCGUGCACCAGAGUACCUGCACUGCGGUGUGUUCGGAGACCCUCAUAUCCGCACCUUCAACAAUGAGUUUCAGACGUGUGCUGUCCCUGGAGCCUGGCCCCUCAUUGACAACCAGUUUCUCUACAUACAGGCCACCAGCUCACACACUAGAGAGAGCUCCUAUGCCACUGCACUCACCAAGAUCACUAUAAUUUUUAAAAACUGGCGGGAGUGUGCUGAGCAGCAGAUUUACCAGGCAGAGGUGGACAAUGUCCCUGCAGCAUUUGUAGAUGGUUCUACAAGCAGUGGUGAGCGGCGAGGUCAGCACAGCCUGCAGGUGCGUUCCCAGGCCCUGGGACGCCAUGCUGAGAUCCGGGCAGCGCACAUCGGCACCACAGUGGUGGUACGUCAGAGCGGCCACUCACUGGGGCUGGCUGUGAGCUCUCCACGUGCUAUUAUCGAGUCAUAUACCCCCGAGCAGGACCUGCAGCUGUGCCUGUGGGGAUGUCCAGCCUCUCAGCGCUUACACACACCAUCUGUGUGGCCCACCACGCUUGCAUACAUACACUGCUCAUCUCUACUGCCAGCCCAGGACGUCUACUUCCAGGCAUGCCUUUUUGAUCUGCUGGCCACUGGGGACAUGAACUCCAGCUCAUCUGCGCUUGAGGCUUUGGAAGAUGCCCGAGCCAUGAUUACUGACCCUCAAAAGGUGCAUCUAGUGGCAUCUGCAGCAAACAGGGAACUAUCAUGGCUCAUAGCAGUAUUCAUGCCUAUGGUUACAUUUAGACUCAUAUUUUGAAUGUAAUCAUGCUGAUAUUACUCAAAUGGCAGCUAUUUCCUAUUUUAAGAUUUUAUAUUAAAAAAAAUUAGCUAUACCUCUUUCAUGUCAUAUUUUCUCAGAACCUUGGUGACUGAACAAUCAAACAGAUUUUUUGUAAAAUCGAUCAAAAUGGGGUUAAUAUGUCCUGAUAUAUGAUUAUAUUUGACCUGCAAUAUUCUCCAGUAACGUGGGAUGUUAAUUUUAUUUUCAGAUCUAAGUUAAGGUGAUAAAAUAUUUCAAUAUUAGAAUAUUAUUUAAUGUAUGAAUCGUUGUUAUUAUGACUACUUUGAAAGAUUUAUAACUGUAAUGGCUGUCCAACAGGAUGUGCUCGAGAAGACAGUCUGGAACUGUCUCUUGGGAAAUUCAGUAUUAUUUUAUUUAAAAAUAUGUUAGUGAAUAGUACGAUCUUUUUCAGUUCAUGUCAAAAACAUCCAGAAGUAUUAGAAUGUAGGCCUUCUGGUGCCAGAAACAAUGGCUCCUAGAUUUAAAACCACUUUUUUUAACUGUCAAAUUUUUUAAAAUGUCUUUUUAAAAAUGUGCACACAUAUGAAUAUCAAUACAUGAGUACAAUGUUA